ACCCUCCUCCCUGCCUCCACAAACACAUUGUUCUCCCGGCGAGGAGCCGCUCCAGCCAGCUGACGCCGAUACCGGGACCACCGGCACCACCGGCACCAGCGGGACCACCGGGAUCCACUGAGACCCCGCUGAUCACCGGCACCGCCGGGAUCUGAUCACCCCGACCAGAGCGGAGCCCCGGCGGACGGACCCGCUCCCUGCCGGGCUGCGGACCGACGGACGGGCUCUCCUCCUCCGAUGGACCCGCAGGUUCCUCCUCCGUGAGGAGACCCGGGUCUGGAGGACUAUGCGCGGGGGCACGCACCGCGGGAGCGAGCGGCGUGUGCGUGAUCAGGUAGCCCAGUGUUGUCCUGAGGUGCAGCUUCUGACUGCUAAUUGAAAUGGUCCCCCGGCCAUCGUCAGGGGAGCUGUGGGGGCUCCACCUGAUGCCCCCCCGGAUCCUGGUGGACUGCUGCCUCCCCAACGGGAUGAUGGUGAGCCUGGAGUGUCUCCGAGAAACUCCUCUCCUCAGCAUCAAGCAGCAGCUCUUCACGGAGGCCAGGAAGUAUCCGCUCUACCACCUGCUGCAGGAGGAGUCAUGCUACAUCUUUGUGGGCGUGAACCAGGAGGCCGAGCGGGAGGAGUUUUAUGAUGAAACCCGGCGCCUGUGUGACCUUCGACUGUUCCACCCGAUCCUGAAGGUCAUCGAGCCGCUGGGAAACAGGGAGGAAAAGAUCCUGAACAGGGAGAUCGGGUUUGCAAUUGGGAUGCCGGUCUGCGAGUUCGAAAUGAUGAAGGACCCAGAGAUCCAGGACUUCCGUCGCUCCAUUCUGAGCGUGUGCAGAGAGGCCAUGGAGGAGCGGGAGGGAGGCGGCGCCCACAGCCAGGCGCUCUACGUGUACCCCCCUAACGUGGAGUCCAGUCCCCACCUGCCCCCACACAUCUACAGCAAGCUGGACAAAGGGCGGCUGAUUGUGACCAUCUGGGUCAUUGUGUCGCCUUCUAACUCCAAACAGAAGUACACCUUGAAGGUGACUCAUGACAGCUUACCUGAACAGCUGAUUGCUGAGUCCAUCAGGAAGAAAAGCCGGUCCAUGCACUUGUCACCUCAGCAGCUCCGCCUUUGUGUGCAAGAGUACCAAGGCCAGUACAUUCUCAAGGUGUGCGGCUGUGAUGAGUACCUGUUGGAGAAAUUUCCUCUCAGUCAGUACAAGUAUAUCCGCUCGUGCAUCAUUGUUGGACGUCUUCCUCAUCUGAUGCUGGUGUCCAAAGAUAGUCUUUACUCUCAGCUUCCUGCCUCUGGCUUUGUCACGCCUUCCUACAGUCGACGGACUCCUCAGCCGUCUCCGUGUCCAGGAGGAGGAGAUGGUUCCCCUCCUCGUUCCCUCUGGGCUUUCAACACACUUCUGAGGAUCCGACUGAUCUGUGCUACCUACGUCAACGUCAACAUCAGGGACAUUGACAAGAUUUACGUGAGGACGGGUAUCUACCACGGCGGUGAGCCUCUCUGUGACAAUGUGAACACGCAGAGAGUCCCGUGUUCCAACCCCAGGUGGAACGAGUGGCUCACCUAUGACAUCCACCUGGCUGACCUGCCACGCUCCGCCAGAGUCUGCCUGUCGAUCUGCUCGGUGAAGGGAAGGAAAGGAGCCAAAGAGGAGCACUGUCCUCUGGCAUGGGGGAACGUCAAUCUCUUUGACUACAAGGACAUCCUGGUCUCUGGUAAAGUGGCCCUGGGACUCUGGCCAGUUCCUCACGGCCUUGAGGAUUUGCUUAAUCCCAUCGGAGUCGCAGGUUCAAAUUCCAACAAGGAGACUCCCUGUGUGGAGCUGGAGUUCUCCUGGUUCAACCAGACAGUCGUGUUUCCUGAUGAGCAGCAGAUCGAGGAACAUGCCAACUGGAACAUCAGCAGAGAGCUGGGCUACAACUACUGCCAUGGAAUGAGCAGUCGUCUGGCCUGUGACAGCAGUGUUUCACCUGCUGACGCUGAGCAACUUCGUUCACUUUGUUCUAAAGAUCCUCUAUAUGAGAUGUCGGAGCAGGAGAAGGACUUCCUCUGGAGACACAGACAUUACUGUGUAAACAUUCCAGAGUCUCUUCCGAAGCUGCUUCUUUCAGUCAAGUGGAACUCCAGAGAUGAAGUGUCGCAGAUGUACUGUCUGUUGAAGGAGUGGCCUCUGAUGGAGCCGGAGUCAGCUUUGGAGCUGCUGGACUGUAACUUUCCAGAUCCGAUGAUCCGUGAGUUUGCUCUGCGCUGCUUGGUGCAGGGUCUGACCGAUGACAAGCUUUCCCAGUACCUGCUGCAGCUUGUCCAGGUGCUCAAAUAUGAGAUGUACAUGGACAAUCCUCUGGCUCGUUUCCUGAUCAAGAAGGCUCUGACCAAUCAGAGGAUAGGACACUUCUUCUUCUGGCACCUGAAGUCAGAAAUGCACAACAAGACAGUUUCCAGGCGCUUUGGUCUACUGCUGGAGGCGUUCUGCAGAGCCUGCGGGAUGUACCUGAAACACCUGAACAGACAGGUGGAGGCGAUGGAUAAACUGGUGAAUCUCACCGAUACUCUGAAGCAGGAGAAGAAGGACGAGACUCAGAAAACUCAGAUGAAGUUCCUGGUGGAGCACAUGUCUCGUCCAGAUUACAUGGAGGCUUUGCAGGGAUUUGUGUCUCCUCUGAACCCAGUUCACCAGUUGGGAACCCUCAGACUGGAGGAAUGCCGGAUCAUGUCCUCAGCGAAGCGCCCCCUGUGGCUGAACUGGGAAAACCCCGACAUCAUGUCUGAGCUGAUUUUCACCAACAAUGAAAUCAUCUUCAAAAAUGGAGACGAUCUGCGACAAGACAUGCUGACUCUGCAGAUCAUCCGGAUCAUGGAGAACAUCUGGCAGAACCAGGGCCUGGACCUGCGCAUGCUGCCGUACGGCUGCCUGUCCAUCGGGGACUGCGUGGGUCUGAUCGAGGUGGUGAAGAACAGCUUCACCAUCAUGCAGAUUCAGUGCAAAGGAGGCCUGAAGGGAGCACUGCAGUUCAACUCCAACACCCUGCACCACUGGAUCAGAGACAAGAACCGCGGAGAAGCGUACGACCGGGCCAUCGAAUUGUUCACCAGGUCAUGUGCAGGUUACUGUGUUGCCACAUUCAUCCUAGGAAUUGGGGACCGGCACAACUCUAACAUCAUGGUGAAGGAGAAUGGACAGCUGUUCCAUAUCGACUUUGGGCACUUCCUGGAUCACAAGAAGAAGAAGUUUGGCUACAAGAGGGAGCGGGUGCCCUUUGUGCUGACCCAAGACUUCCUCAUCGUCAUCAGUAAAGGGAUCCAGGAGUCUACCAAGACUAAAGAGUUUGAGAGGUUCCAGGAGAUGUGCUACAAAGCCUACCUGGCCAUCCGUCAGCACGCCAGCCUCUUCAUCAACCUGUUCUCUCUUCUGCUGGGCUGUGGCAUGCCUGAGCUGCAGAGCUUCGACGACAUCGCCUACCUGAGGAAGACCCUUGCCCUGGAGAAGAGCCAGCAGGAGGCGCUGGAGUACUUCACCAAACAGAUGAACGACGCUCAUCACGGGGGCUGGAGCACCAAGAUGGACUGGAUCUUCCACACCAUCAGACACAUGCCCAACGAGCACUGAACACACACACACACACACACGCAGGCGCGCGUGUGUGUUUCUGCACUAAUCGGAGGAUGAUGAAGACCACAGUGAAGCCUUUGGAUUUAGAUUUUAAGAGUCCUGUUUUGUUGCAGGGCUUGUUGUCAUAGCAACAAAGAGUCUCAGGGUCAGAUGGACGUAAAGAGGCCAAAGGCCUGCUGGAACAAAGAUGAUGGUGAUGAUGUCAUAUACGUCUUCCGCCGCAGCCUGCCGGCUAAUCUUAAAUGUUAUUACUGUAGCUUACGUUGAAACUUUGACACUCUGCUGUGACGGUUUGAAUAAGCUUUAUGGCCACCAGCAAAGUGAGGUCACUGUGAAAGCAAUAAAAAUUAAAUAUUCGAGACAAUCAGGAGCGCUGAUCAACAGAAGGCAGAUGCAAUUAUGAUGUUUCCUCAACUUAUUACUUUUAGAUUGAACACCAAAUUCAAUGAAUCUGUUUAUAUUUUUACUCUAAUCAGGAUUUUAGAGUAAAAAGUUUGUUUUGUACUAAAAUUAAACCAUCUGCAGUGAUUGGUUAAGUUUAGAUAUUAAAAUUCUGACUACAGAAAAAUGGGGACAUUUUACAGAAACGUGUAAUAGUUUUAAACUGUUUUCGGGACAUCUGGGUAUUUGAGCAGUUGUAUUUGAACUGGAGAUAUUUGAAGUUUAUUAAUUGUUUUCUUCAUCUGUUGGGAUGAAAUGAUGCAGAUCUUUGGUCUUAAACUGCUGCAGAACCAGAGCACGGUCCGUUUGCACCAGUUUUUCUCCAUCCUACGUCCUCUCCGGAGCAGAACCAUCUUCAUCUCUUCUGCUGGAGCUCUUCUCCAAAACUAGGGUUCAGCGCUCCACGCUGGACAGGUUUUACAAUUUUAUGUGAUGGAGAUCAAAUUAUUUGACAUCAGGCUGUAAAUCUAAUUUAUUCAAUCAAUCUAUUCAUUAAUCACCAAUAAUUGGUUUGUAAAACUUUAGAAAGUCGUUUCAGCUGAAAAUGACCCAACAUAAUGUUUACAUCAUCCAACAGUAUAAGUUCCAUAUUUAUAACAAGAAAGCAGCAAAUUCUCCUCAUUUUAUUAAAGAAUAACUAAUUAAACGUUUCAUGAAUCUUGUGUUUAUAACCUGUUUUGUUUUUACAAAUGUCCAAUAUUAAAUUAAAGUCCAAUGUGUUAAUAACAGUUGUUCAGUAAAAUAACUUUGACCUCCUGUGAUUUAGUGUAGGUAUUGUACAGGAGAUCUGUGUUUCAUCACUGCCAAUAAAACAUUUCUCUC